UUUCGUUGAAGAAAUGAUCCAACUAUUAGAACCAUUUGAAGCUUUAACACGACGAUUAUCAGGUGCCAAAUAUCCAACACUUAACCUAGUACAUCCAUGUAUAUAUACGUUAAAGCAAAUGUUUGCUCCAAAAAUUGAUCAAAAUGAAACCGUUGAUAGUUAUAUGGAUCUUAUCUAUGGUCCUUUAAUACAAGAUGAUAUAUUAGAGAGUGCUGAAGAUAAUGAUGAUUCAAGUUCCACAAGUGAUGAUAAUGAUAUUCCAACUGCUGGAAAUCAAUGA